GCAGGGGUCGCCACCAUGAGGCGGCUCGGGGGCGCCCGCCUGCCGCCGCCGCUCUUGCUGCUUCUGCUUCAGUUGGGAGCCCUCUUGGACGUGCGAGCAGGUGCAGCUCGCAGCAGCAGCAUGGAAUGUUCCUGUGGGCGCAACCACUUCACGUGUGCGGUCAGUGCCUUUGGUGAAUGCACCUGUAUCCCUGCUCAAUGGCAGUGUGAUGGUGACAAUGACUGUGGAGACCAUAGUGAUGAAGAUGGCUGCAUGCUGCCUACUUGCUCACCUCUGGAUUUUCACUGCGACAAUGGGAAAUGUAUCCGUCGUUCAUGGGUCUGUGAUGGGGACAAUGACUGUGAGGAUGAUUCUGAUGAACAGGACUGCCCUCCACGGGAGUGUGAGGAGGAUGAGUUUUCAUGCCAGAAUGGAUACUGCAUACGCAGUCUAUGGCACUGUGAUGGAGACAAUGACUGUGGUGACAACAGUGAUGAACAGUGUGACAUGAGGAAGUGUUCAGACAAAGAAUUCCGCUGCAGUGAUGGCAGCUGCAUAGCUGAGCACUGGUUCUGUGAUGGUGACACAGACUGCAAGGAUGGCUCAGAUGAAGAGAACUGCCCGUCAGAUAUUCCAGCAGCAACAUGUAGCCUGGAGGAGUUCCAGUGUGCGUAUGGCCGCUGUAUCCUGGACAUUUACCACUGCGAUGGAGAUGACGAUUGUGGGGACUGGUCUGAUGAAUCCGACUGCUCAUCUCAUCAGCCCUGCCGCUCUGGGGAGUUCAUGUGCAACAGUGGUUUGUGCAUUAAUGCUGGGUGGAGAUGUGAUGGCGACUUUGACUGUGAUGACCAGUCGGAUGAGAAGAACUGCACGACAUCUGUGUGCACAGCUGACCAGUUCCGUUGUAAAUCUAGUCGCUGUGUCCGCCUGUCUUGGCGCUGUGACGGGGAUGACGAUUGCACUGAUAACAGUGAUGAGGAAAACUGUUCAGACACAGGAAGUCCCCAGUGUGCCCCUGACCAGUUCCUGUGUGGGAAUGGGCGCUGCAUUGGCCAAAGAAAGCUGUGCAAUGGGGCAAAUGACUGUGGAGAUGGGAGUGAUGAGAGCCCUGAACAAAACUGCCGCCCCCGAACUGGCGAGGAAAACUGUAACCUCAACAAUGGGGGCUGUGCUCAGAAGUGUCAGAUGUCUCGAGGGGCAGUACAGUGUACCUGCCACACAGGCUACAGGCUCCUAGAGGAUGGCAGGUCAUGUCAUGAUGUGAAUGAAUGCGCAGAGGAAGGCUAUUGCAGCCAGGGAUGCACCAACACUGAGGGUGGCUUCCAGUGCUGGUGUGAGCAGGGCUACGAGCUUCGCCCAGACAAGCGCAGCUGUAAAGCACUGGGGCCAGAGCCUGUGUUGCUUUUUGCCAAUCGGAUUGAUAUCCGGCAGGUCUUACCUCACCGCUCAGAGUAUACCUUACUUCUAAACAACCUAGAAAAUGCCAUUGCUCUUGAUUUCCACCACAGCAAGGAGUUAGUGUUCUGGUCUGAUGUCACACUGGACCGCAUCAUGAGGGCUAACCUGAAUGGCAGCAAUGUGGAGGAAGUAGUAUCUACAGGACUGGAGAGUCCAGGUGGACUGGCCAUUGACUGGAUACAUGACAAGUUGUAUUGGACAGACUCUGGAACAUCUCGCAUUGAAGUGGCAAAUUUAGAUGGCACCCACAGGAAGGUGCUCCUUUGGCAGAACCUAGAAAAACCUCGUGCAAUUGCUCUUCACCCUAUGGAGGGCACUAUCUACUGGACUGAUUGGGGAAAUACACCUCGCAUUGAAUAUUCCAACAUGGAUGGCUCCAAUCGGCGCAUCAUUGCUGAUACUCAUCUUUUCUGGCCAAAUGGGCUAACCAUUGACUAUGCAGGGCAUCGAAUGUACUGGGUAGAUGCCAAACAUCAUGUUAUUGAGAGGGCUGACUUGGAUGGACAGAACAGGAAGGCUGUUAUUAGCCAAGGUCUUCCACAUCCUUUUGCCAUCACAGUAUUUGAAGACAGCCUAUACUGGACAGAUUGGCAUACCAAGAGCAUAAAUAGUGCCAACAAAUUUACCGGCAAGAAUCAGGAGAUCAUCCGCAACAAGCUUCACUUCCCUAUGGAUAUCCACACCCUGCAUCCUCAACGCCAACCAGCAGCAGGGAGAAAUCAUUGUGGAACAAACAAUGGAGGCUGCACUCACUUGUGCCUACCGAACAGCAAGUCAUACACCUGUGCCUGCCCCACAGGUUUUCGGAACACCAGCAGCCACACCUGUGCCCAGAGUCUUGACAAGUUCCUGCUUUUUGCCCGAAGGAUGGACAUCCGUCGUAUCAGCUUCGACACAGAAGAUCUGUCUGAUGAUGUCAUCCCCUUGGCUGAUGUGCGCAGUGCUGUGGCUCUGGAUUGGGAUGCAAAGGAUGACUAUGUCUACUGGACAGAUGUUGGCACUGACUCCAUUAGUCGGGCAAAAUGGGAUGGAACAGGCCAGGAGGUUGUGGUGGAUAGCAGCCUGGAGAGUCCCGCUGGUCUGGCAAUUGAUUGGGGCACCAACAAGCUGUAUUGGACUGAUGCAGGAACAGACCGGAUAGAGGUGUCCAACACUGAUGGAACAAUGCGAACUGUGCUGAUAUGGGAGAAUCUGGACAGACCCAGAGAUAUUGUGGUGGAUCCCAUUGGAGGGUUCAUGUACUGGACUGACUGGGGAGCUAGUCCAAAGAUUGAGCGUGCAGGCAUGGAUGCCUCUGGUCGCUUGGUGAUCAUAUCUUCCAACCUGACCUGGCCCAAUGGAUUGGCCAUUGACUAUGAGUCUCAGCGUCUGUACUGGGCAGAUGCUGGCAUGAAGACAAUUGAGUACGCUGGCCUGGAUGGUAGUGAUAGGAAGGUGUUGAUUGGAAGCAAUCUGCCUCACCCAUUUGGACUUACUCUUUAUGGACCUCGAAUCUACUGGACUGACUGGCAGGCAAAGAGCAUCCAGAGUGCUGACAAAAGGACGGGGCAGGAUCGUGAAACUCUGCAGGACAACUUGGAGAAUCUUAUGGACAUCCAUGUCUUUCAUCGACACAGGCCUCCAGUGCAUACACCAUGCAAAGUUAAUAAUGGUGGAUGUAGUCAUCUUUGCCUGCUGGCCCCUCUUCCUAAAGGUUACAGCUGCACUUGUCCCACUGGGAUCAACCUACAGUCAGAUGGCAAAACUUGUUUACCAGGGAUGACCAGCUUUCUAAUCUUUGCUAGGAGGGCAGAUAUUCGCCUUGUUUCACUUGACAUUCCAUAUUUUGCUGAUGUCGUUGUCUCAGUCAAUGUCACCAUGAAAAACACCAUUGCCAUUGGAGUGGAUCCUCAGGAAGGAAAGGUGUAUUGGUCUGACAGCACUCUGAGGAAGAUCAGUAGAGCUGCCCUGGAUGGCUCCCAGUAUGAAGAUAUCAUCACUACAGGCUUGCAAACCACAGAUGGAUUAGCAGUGGAUGCUAUUGGUCGCAAAGUAUACUGGACGGAUACAGGAACCAACAGGAUUGAAGUGGGUAACCUGGAUGGAUCAAUGAGGAAAGUUUUGGUAUGGGAAAACCUGGACAGCCCAAGAGCAAUUGCAUUGUACCAUGAGAUGGGAUUCAUGUAUUGGACAGAUUGGGGUGAGAAUGCCAAGCUGGAACGAGCAGGAAUGGAUGGCUCCAACCGCAUGGUCCUUAUCAACAACAAUUUGGGAUGGCCAAAUGGACUAGCUGUGGAUAGGGCAGGAUCGCAGCUACUCUGGGCUGAUGCACAUACUGAGCGUAUUGAGGCUGCAGAUCUGAAUGGUGCAAACCGCCACACCUUACUCUCUCCAGUGCAACAUCCUUAUGGUCUCACUCUUCUGGAUUCUUACAUCUACUGGACUGAUUGGCAAACGCGCAGCAUUCACAGAGCUGACAAGGAUACUGGUGCCAAUGUCAUCUUGGUCCGGGCAAAUCUGCCUGGUCUAAUGGAUAUCCAGGCUAUUGACAGGGGACGUCCUCUUGGUGCUAACAAAUGUGGCAUGAGGAAUGGUGGUUGCUCCCAUCUUUGCUUACCAAACCCCGAAGGCUUCUCAUGUGGCUGUCCUACUGGUAUCCAGCUGAAGGCUGAUGAGAGGACCUGUGAUCCAUCUCCUGAAACCUACCUGCUCUUCUCUAACCGGGGCUCCAUCCGGCGGAUCUCACUGGAUACUAAUGAUCACACUGAUGUCCAUGUUCCUGUCCCAGAGCUGAACAAUGUUAUCUCUCUGGACUAUGACAGUGUAGAUGGCAAGAUUUACUACACAGAUGUCUUUUUAGAUGUCAUUAGACGAGCAGACCUGAACGGCAGCAAUAUGGAAACUGUUAUUGGACAAGGACUGAAAACAACAGAUGGUCUGGCUGUCGACUGGGUGGCUAGAAACUUGUACUGGACAGACACAGGUCGCAACACAAUUGAAGUGGCAAGACUAGAUGGCAGCUGUAGGAAAGUGCUAAUUAAUAACAGCCUGGAUGAACCACGAGCAAUUGCCGUCUUUCCCAGAAAGGGAUAUCUCUUCUGGACAGACUGGGGGCACAUUGCUAAAAUUGAGCGUGCGAACUUGGAUGGUUCUGAGCGCAAGAUACUGAUCAAUACAGAUUUAGGAUGGCCCAAUGGGCUGACCUUGGAUUAUGACUUAAGAAGGAUUUACUGGGUUGAUGCUCACCUGGAUCGCAUAGAGAGUGCUGAUCUCAAUGGGAAGCUGCGUCAGGUGCUGGUCAGCCAAGUGUUGCACCCCUUUGCUUUGACACAGCAGGACAGGUGGCUCUAUUGGACCGACUGGCAAACUAAAUCUAUCCAGCGAGUAGACAAAUACUCUGGUCGAAAUAAGGAAACUGUGUUAGCCAACGUUGAAGGACUUAUGGAUAUCAUUGUGGUCUCUCCUCAGAGGCAGACAGGCACAAAUGCUUGUGGAGUGAAUAAUGGAGGAUGUACCCAUCUCUGCUUUGCCAGGGCGUCUGACUUUAUUUGUGCAUGUCCAGAUGAGCCAGAUGGGCAGCCAUGUUCCACUGUUCCUGGCACAGGCUACCCAGUUCCUGAGAGUACCCGUUCAGGCAAAAAGAAUCCAACUCCUGCUGAUAGACCCAUCUCUUCAACUACCAAACCUCUCAUAUCCGUGGGAACAACACAAGGAAAUUGUUCAGACAAAAAGAUUGGCCAAGACUUGUGCAACCGAGCAAAUGAAGCUGUGCUGGCAACCACAGGAGAAGGUCUACAUGUCAGUUAUAUUAUUGGAGGCCUUCUCAGCAUAUUGAUCAUUCUGCUGUUAAUUGGUGCUGUGAUUAUUUACAGGCACAAGAAGUCCAAGUUCACAGAUCCUACCCUAAAUAACCUUACCUACAGCAACCCUUCUUAUCGGACAUCUACACAAGAGGUGAAGAUUGAAACAAUUCCCAAGCCACCCAUGUAUAACCAGCUGUGCUUUAAGAAGGAGGCUGGCCCUGAUCAUACCUACACCAAGGAAAAGAUCAAGAUUGUAGAAGGAAUAUGCCUCUUGUCCAGUGAUGAAUCUGAAUGGGAUGAUCUUAAACAGAUACGGAGCUCUCGUGGAUGUAUUCUCCGUGACCAUGUCUGCAUGAAGACUGAUACAGUCUCUAUCCAAGCCAGUUCUGGCUCACUGGAUGACACUGAGACAGAGCAACUGUUGCAGGAAGAACAGUCAGAAUGCAGCAGCAUCAAUGCAGCAGCUACUCCUGAGCGUCGGGGCUCCCUUCUAGACACAGGGUGGAAGCACGAACGCAAACCCUCAACAGAGAGUGAAGUCUAAAGCACACACAACACUUGUCCCUCUCCUCUGUCAUCCUUCGCACUGAUGAGAUAGGAUCCUGCCUGCUACUCAAGAAGGAACUUGAAAAUUAGCUUCUGUGUCACAUGAAGCCCAGAGACUGUCUUUGAUGAGGAGCCUGAGCUAGCCUGUGCCUUAGUGGCGGAUGGGCAGAGACCUUUUGUCUCAUUGUUAGUUGAUGUUUAUUUAUAUGUCUCUUCUUCCAAGAAGCUGUGGUGCUGAAUUCAGCAGCAGCUUUUUUCAGCUGCAUCUGACACAGCUUUAUCCAAUCUAGUGCACAAACUAGCCAAGGACUCUGCACCACCACUGACCAGAGUUUCUGAACUACUCACUCCUGAUACCUUGUUGCCUUUCUUUAGAGGCUCUUGGCACUAACUGGAUUUUGCACUGCACUCUUUCUACCUUAAGGUGAAAAGGUUGGGGCCAGUGAAGGUGCCUGACAUGAAAAUGGUGAUGUGAGAACAGGUCACUUUUCAGAUACUUGUGCGGGGAGAGCAAAGGCAGCUGCAGUCUCAUUGCACAGGGGCACUAAAAAUAUCACUGCCUUCUUUUCAAGCUGUGGGAAACCACUGCUAAAUCCAGCAUAGAGUGUAAGGAAUCCAAGGGGUAAAGCACUCAGUCUGUUGCUGGCAACAGACAAUGUUCCUGCUGCGCUAGAUGUUCACUCUUGUCCUAAAACAUACUUUUUUUGCAAAUAGAACAUAUGCAUCUGUUCCCUGGGGGGACUGAUUUUUAUUUUUAAUGCGCUUCCCAUUAACUAUGACUUGCAAGGAAAGUGCUGGGUGCAAUGGUAUUGUAUCAUACUUCUUUGUUAGUUCUUUUGAUAGGCCAAACCUCUGAAAACGUGUGCUACUGAAAACAAUAUUAGCCUGUGGAACAACAAGUGGGCAAUGCAUUUUUUAAAACAAUGGAAUAGACUUGGACAGGAGAUAUAUUCAAACUCCAGCUCCAACAUGCUGCUGGAUAAACCCAAUGGGGGAUUUUUCCUAAGCCUUUUUUGCCAGUGUUUCUCUUCGGAAGUUCUGGAAGGAAGGAUUUGCUUGCACCUUCUUCUCAUUUCUGCUGUAUGGCUUGAGCAGUGAAAGCAUGGUGUCAAAAACUGGGUGUGUGCAAUCAAUAGAUAAUGAAUGUGCAUGGAAGGGGGGAAGCAGACAGGUGACAGGUAAUAAGUUAGGAAGCACACUUCCACUCAUGUUCAGUACAUUUAAGGAGUUCCUUUUGUCCUUGGUGCAACUAGGUCACUAUUUCCAUGCUAUGAAAGAGAGAUCCAAGGCUGAGUAAUUGCCUUUUUGGAACAGGUGAUUUAUAGAGAGAGGUUCAUGCAACAUAGUUGUUACAAAUAGUCCAGAGAGUAUUUGGCAAGAUGGCACUUACAUUGCAGAGAAAGCUUUUCCAGAGCUAUUCAUCACGUUAUUUAUUCUCUGGGAAUGUAUUAUCUGGCAUGAUCCAUCACCCCAGUCCUGCAAGUGCCUCUCUUUUGGUUAGUGAGUGAUACAUAUGACUGAAGUUGUGUUUUGUGACUGUCUGUGACAUCACUGAUGAUGAGGACACAUUCUAUCCAAGUGCCUAUAUGAUUUUGUCAUUUGAAAUAGGGAAGCAGCAAGUACAGUGGUACCCUGGCUCACGAACUUAAUCCAUUCCAGAACUCUGGUCGUGACCCAAAUUGGUUGUGAGCCAAGUCAAAUUUCCCCAUAAGGUUCAAUGUAAAUAAGCUUAAUCUGUUUUGUAACUAUUUUUUAAUCACAAAAAUUUGAAGCAAAGUGACAACAAAGAUCGGGGCCAUCUCCCCCCACCACCCCAAGCACAACUGCGAUCAGGCCCAUCAUCCCUGCACCAGCACGACCACAAUCGUAGCCGUAGGCGUGCGCGAUUGCAGGCAGGGGAGAUGGGCAUGAUUGCCGACGCACUGGUGGGGAGACGGGCGCGCUCAGGGAGAGGUGCCCGUGAUCGUAACCCAGUGUGGAGUUCACAACCAGAGGCAAAUUUUUUCAGAAAUUUCUGUUUGCUACCUGAUUUGAUCGUGAACUGAGGCAUUCGUGAGCUGAGGUACCACUGUAUUUAAGUUGUGGUCAUGGGCUCAUUCUCUUGUUUAGUUCUAAAGUGUCCCCAUUUGAUUAUUUUUAAUCCUUCAGAGCAAUACAACAGUGGAACCAGCUUCCUAGAGAGGUGGUGGGCUCUCCCACACUAGAGACUUUCAAAAAGAAACUGGACAGCCAUCUGAGUGGGAUGCUGUAACAUGGUGUCUUGCAACAGCAGGGGAUUGGACCUGAUGGCCUUCAUGGCCCUUCCCAACUCUACUAUUCUAUGAUUCUGUGAUUCACUCUUUAAAUGUAAUUUGAGGUUGUUAUUCCAUUUCCACAAUGGGAACUUACUUUCCCCCCAUGAUGUCUUGUAGCUUUUGUUCUGCAACAAGCCUGUUCACAAGGAAAGUGGUUUUACACACUUAACCUAAAACUAUAAUGUACAUCUGCAACCAAUAGAUAGUUUCUUUCCCAUGUGUUCCUGCACCAGAAAGCUUGGAUUGGCCAUGGCAGUUGUACAAUUUCAACUGCCUUUGCUUGCUGCUUGUGUGAGAGUGUGUGUGUGUGAGAGAGAGAGAGAGAGUUUUAAGUAGCUCACUCAUUUCACAGAAAUCUGCUUGUCCUAAUUUGUCCACAAUUCACAUCCAAUCUGCCAUGCUUCUGCUAGUUUCCUUUACCAUCAGCAUCCUUGCCUCAUCUUCUCUGCUAUUUCUACAAUGUUAAUUUAAAUUUUCUGGUGGAUUUCCCCCCCUAAACACUGGGCAUAAAUGCAGAUGCUCACCGUUCUCAAGAAGGAAAGACAGAUGCUGGAGCAGCAGGCACACAACAUAGCCUUAAAACAGCCAGUCUUAGAACAAAGGUAGCUUGCCUGACAAUUUUGUUAACCCUAACCUUUCUCAUGUAACUAUCAGGAAAACCCUCUUACUUUUUAAAGAAAGCUGUUAAUUAGAAUCUAUUAUUUGUGUUUAAAAACACAUACACACAAACUUCAAUUUCUGAGUUGCAUAACAAAAUCAGCUAGUGCUUAAAUGUUUCUGUACUUUGAGUAGAUCUUUGCAGUAUAUGUCAAUAUUCUUCCAUCAAAGGCCCACUAAUCUUGGUUGGCCCAUCUCAGAACUGUGUCAGGCCGUUAGAUACUACUACUGUUCUGCCAUUUUUGCACACUCUCUUAGAGCAAUCACUGUGUUUGCUUUCCUGGCUACCUUAAGUCUUGACUCUCAUAGCUCCAUAACUAACAAAUGCUCCUAUCUCAGUGUGUACUGAGAUAUACUCUCUUUACAUGCUUAACUUUGCAGGGGGCAGGAGUUAGAGAUGCUUUUGGCCAUCCAGUUGAAAACUGGCACUCAGUAAGUUACAGCAAUACAAAUGUGGUACCUUUAAAUCCAAAUUGAAUGGAAGGUAGUCCCUGUGAUUCAAUGAAAAUAUGUAUGGAGUGGCUACAAGCACAUGGCAGACUGCAGAAAAACCUCCGUAUUGUUAGCACUUAAAUAUCCCAUUUGCUUCUAAGGCAUUCUUGUAUGGAUGUUAGUGCAUAAUAAUCCUGUGAAGUAGGUUAGGUUGAAGGAUGAUGUCUGUUCCAAAGUCACUAAAUUUUAUGGUUGAAUGGAAAUUUGAAUCCAGGUGUCCUGGCCCAGGUCUAACAUCCUGUCCAUUACACCACUAAUUCACUCUGGAUUUGGGGGAGCCAUCACAUGACUGCUUUCUGCAUGUGAGUUGGAACUUAAAUCUGAGGUGGGCUUUAGUGGAGGGUCGUCUUCUCAAAGCAGUUUGUGUUGCUAACUCUCUGGGCCUCACCAUGUAAGUUUGCAUAGUUUUAGCCACAUGUAUAACUGCAUCCUGUCCUUCACAUGUAACUCACAUGGGAAAUGUCAGUGUGACCAGCUGCAGUGAUUUCCAUGGUCUCAGUACCUGGAAAAAAUGCUGCCUUUCUUGCAGAAGUUCCUGUAUUACCAUUGUACAGGAUGGUUCAUGCCAAGAGGAUGGUCUGUAGCCACUUGCAUCUCAACUGUGAGAACCAUGUUUUCCUCCUCCUCACUCUAUUUUCAUUCAUGGAUGUAAACGUAAGAAAAUAUUAUUUUUUUCUUGUUACUGCAUUGCAUUUAUAUCCUGUCCUUUUUCCUCUUGUGAGGAACCCAAGGUGGCUUACAUGGCUCCAUUUUUAUCCUAACAACUCUGUGAGGUAGGUUAGGCUGAGAGUGACUGACUGAUCCAAAGGCAUCCAGCAAACUUCAUGGCUGAAUGGGGACAAGAACCUGGAUCUCCCAGAGUCCAACUCCAUUACCACACUCUCUCUCAUCCUCCAAACAAGCCUGGAUUGUAAUAAUGCCCUUUCUAGAAAGGCUGAUUUUCAUUUUGUUUUCUAUUUUAAUAGAGAAUUGGGAAGAAGUACAGUAAUUGUACAGUAAUCAGCUCUACCCUCAUAUUUCCUGAGGUGGUGGUAAAUUAAGUGCAACACAGGAGAGAGUAGGUGGUGUGCUCAGGGUUGGAAAACCUUAGGCCUAUGGGCCUAAUAUGGGCCUUUUGAAUUUGCAUUCCUUAAAUGGUUACUGAUUGUUUGGUGGUGUCACAGCUCCGAUGCUUUUUUCCCCCACUUUAAAAGUUUGAAAUGCCUCUGCUAAGACCAAGUUACUGGUAGUAACAGCAUUAAGUUAAAAUAGGCUGGCAUUUUAACUUGCACAUUUCCCUUUGGCCUCAAUUGCCACUGCAGUAUUGUUCUCCAAGAGUUUCUCUGAAAUUGAAUUCAGGCCUUGGGCUGACAACAAUUCUUUGCCCAUGUUCUAUUGCCACUUAUUUUCUCAUUUGCAAAUAUCCCCCAGGUACAAUUCUUCCCUGAGCACAGGCCUUGUCUGAUUUUGCAGCAUGAUUGGAGCAGAAACAUUACAAAUUACGCUUGGGCAUUUAUGAGCAGAACAUAUGGUUAACAUCUAGACCAAUCUUUUUGUCAAAGAUUGGGGUACCUUGUGGAUGUGAAUGCUCCCCAUAAUUUUCCACUGAGUUACUGUUUUUCUCCUUUCCAGUAAUCUUUCACCCCAUGGCUUCAGAUAAAAAAUCUAUUUAGCCAUCAUUGUAUGUAAACCCCUAAACGUGAGAAGACUGCAUGUGGAUGAGAUCACUAGCUCCACCCUGUUUCACUUGCCAUUCCCAUCAGGCUCUACAUGUAGAAAGCAGUUGUUGGAGAGCCUCGUCUCUCAAAAUUUUUACAAUCCAGGAAAACCAGGGCUUAUUUAUAUGUUGUUUACUUUCAAGUAUUAUUAGUUUUGAAAAAGAAAGCUGCAUAGACAAAUGAGACUAGCUAUAUACUGGUGCAUUUCAUGGUAUAGAAGGUUAAUAAUUGGAUUGCCCAACACUGGUUAAUGUGCAUUCCUAUGAAAUUUGGUUAGGAUUGGGGCAUGGACCUGUCUUUAUAUUAUUUCACAUUUCCUCUAUGUCUCCUGAAGGGGAAAAAAUAGAUUGUAAUUUAUUUAUUUAGGGGGCUCCAACCUUCUGUGGUCUUGACUGCUGAAAAGUCCUUAGAUUAAUGGAUGAGGAAACCAAGUCUCAGCAAAGGUAUAUGGGUAUAGGUUCUGUUGCUGAAAACAUGGAGAAAAACAGGCAUUUGGGGAAAGCGUUUAGGAAAAAUGAAGCCAGGCUUCUGACAUCCAAAGCAGGCAGUUGCAUUUAGAAUAUAUCUUACUAAAAGUGGAGGCUGGGAAAUAAGGUGACUUCAGACGCUCAGUGGAUCAUAGACAUAGCUUCUGCUGUGGAGGGCUAUUACUUUCAGCCCAGCUACUUUUAAUAACCCCCACUUGAAAGCACUUGCCUUGUCUUGGCAAGGAGGUUUACUAUUGCACAUUCCAGUCUUGAGACUAUGUAUUGAUCUGCUUUUUCAAAACCUGAUUCCUCCAUUCCACCACCAGUGGUAAUUCUCAUAGCUGCAGGGGACUGGAAGAAUGGCACCUAUGACUUUAGUUUCACAUGUGAAGUAAGCAAAGAUGAAAUCCUCUAUUUGCAUGUAAACAAGCAAAUUUGGACCAAGGCUGCUGGUUACAGAGCUCUUCACUUGCAUGCUGAAGAAGCAAAGUCUCAUUGCACUGGGACUUCAAAGAAGGGGAAAGGCUAGAAGUGGGGACAAUCUUUUGAGCACUGAUCUACUGUGUAAAAAGCUAUUUUUUUUUUCUCUCCUGUCUUUCCUGAGCUAAUGGCAGCAAUUUCCCUGCAUUCCUGUGUAAUGGUUUUAAUGUUACUCACUGGAGAGAUUGAUUUUUAUUUUCUGGUGUUAUUUAACCACUAUGUUCAGUAUUUUAGGGAAUAAUGAUAAUUUAAUAUAAAAUUUAGCUUUUCUUAAUCACUCUGCUGGCCUUUUGAGUUGUGAAUCAGUGUGACCCAAGCCUGCUUCCUGAACAAACAGAACCCAUAAAAACUCAUCUGAAGCUACAACUCAAUUGGGAGUAUUGUGAAAGCAGAAGAAUGGCAAUUCACUGAUGGGACUAAUACAUAUUCAUGGUUUAGUAUCAAACUUUUCUGAAGCUCAAAUCAGUGGGGUUUUGGCUUUCUUGUGAAAUGAACUUAACACUGCACAUGAUCUGACCUUAGACAACAUGAAGCUCAGAGAUUUUUGCAUUUUCCAUGCUGGCAAUUGAAAUGUUGAAAAAUGUGUUAUUUGUUAGAAAGUACGUUCUUCUGCAACCUGUUCCACUCUGUAAGCGAUCACUGUGUUUAUCUUUUAGUUCACAGGGUUUUUCUAUUCUUGAUACACCAGAUCUCAAACGUGUGAGUUAUUUAUGAAACCAAGUAGAAAGUUUCCACUGCUUUACUAUACAUCUAAAUGAAGCAGAUCACAAUAAUGGAAAACAUUAAAUGAGUUGUUAAAAAUAAAA